AUGGCUUUUGAAUUUGAGUUGCAUCAACCACCAUGCGAUGUCUCAUUUUUAGCUGUUGUGAAUGGUCCUGUACUUUACAAUGCAGAUGACAGUAAAAGUAAAGCUGUGAAGGAGGCGACAAUUAAACAGAUUGGAUGGCAUCACUUACAUCUUCCAGAGGAAUGGUUCUUAUCCACACAAUCACAUGAGUUAACCGAGCGAGUGUGUACAACAAUGCAGUGUACCAUCCAAUAUCUCUCCUAUCGUCAGCAAAAAUUACAUGCCGAUAUGGUGAAGAUGCAACAACAAUUAGAUGAAAUGCGAGGGGAACGAGAUGAGGCGUUUGAGGAACUUGUGGAAUUACGAGAGGUGGUGGCUCUCAUUAAACAACGAUAUGGAUUAGACCGUAAAGGAAAAUCUCUUCCACAUUCCUUUAUGGAGAAAUCAGGGAUGUCCUUUACGUGUUCGCUCUGCGGUAAUGCGUAUCCCUCAUCCUCGUCGCUGGAGUCGCACGUGGUGAAGCGACACCGCCGCGGUCAACAAUACGCCGCCAUCACCGCCGCCUCUGCAAGACUGCAGAAGAACAGUAAUGACAAUAAUAAUAAUAAUAAUAAUAAUAAUAAUAAUAAUAAUAAUAAUAAUAGAAUGAGUAAUAAUCAUCAUCAUAAGGCGGUGGGUUGGGAUAAUAAUACGGUUGCUGAGGAACUCGCCACACUACGGGCCGAGUUAGUGGCUCUCCGUUCAACUCUUCACACAGAGCGUGAGGACAGACGUUCAGAGGCACGAUCAUCUCUUCUUUCUCCCAUUAAUGUAGUAGCAUUACCAAUGACUCAGGUUCCUAGUAUUACUUCUAUUCCAGAUACCGUACGAUCAUCCUCAGCACAGCAAGAGCAGCAGAAUAAAUCCAUUCUUGCACUACAAGAAGAGUUACAAACAACUAAAUCUCGUCUGGCACAUAUGGAAGAGGCAUUAGUUCGUCAUGAAAAAUCAAAAGGUAAGAAAGAAGAGAAACAAACAACUAUAUCAACUUCAAGUAAAGACCAAUUGAAGAUAUUAGAGACAAAAGAUUCUUCAUUGGUGACAGAAAAAGUAAGUACUUCUAAUUCUGUCGAUAAUCCUGAUGGGGGGUACGAUAAAUCUAUUGUAUUCUAUUCUAAUCGUACUCCUAUAUCAAAUAAAGUGGAACAGGAAAAUCCAAAGAACAAUUUAAAACUAUUAAAUGAAAACGAAUUAAAUGUUUUCUCUCCUAAACAAGAUGUACGUUUACCCUACUAUGGUGUCGCUUCUUUACAUUCGCCACAAUCCUCUUCUCAUCCCCCUCUACGAUUAGAAAAAACACAAUCUCCAUCAUCUGAUGAACCUGAUCCACCUCGCUCUAAUUCUCCAAUAACUUGUAGUAAGCAUGCAACACCGUUAUUAAGGAAAAUUCGUGCUUUUGCUGCUGAUGAAUCCAUAACAGAUCCUAUUCAAAAUAAUAAAGAAGCUUCAAUUGUACAAUAUACAUAUGCAACUCCUCGAGAGAAUUCUUCCUAUGCAGGAUUGGGUAGUUUUCUCACUGAAGGUACUUCUCAUUUGAGCCCUGGGACUUUUUCACUUAUUGGUGAUGCGUUGGUUCGAACACAAAGGAAUGUAAAACCUCAAAGCAUUUCUGGGUUAGAGGAGAAACCAUCACAUAGGGAUGGUAUUAAUAGUAAUAAUAAUAACUCUCCUCCAGGUAAACUACCGUCUUCCUCAUUUUUUUCUGAAAAUAAAUCUGUAGUUAAUCCAUCACCUGCACCAAAUGGCAUAAAUUCUUUUGUAUCGUCUGAAGGGGAAGUACGUUAUUCCCUUGGUAGUCUUAUUCAGUCUUCUGUAAAAGAUUACUCUGAUACUAAGCGAGAUUCAGAUUCCAGGAGUAGUACUACUAGCUCUACUUAUACAUCUACUGAUGAAAGCAGUUCAUCGCAACCUUCUGUCAAGGUGAAAAAACAGCAAAAUACAUCACAAGUCUCACAUGCUGAAAGUACUCAAUCUAACAAAAUGGAGAAGGGUCCAACUGGAAAGGCAAAGAAGAAAAAAGUAUCAUUUAUUUCAAAACUAUUUGGGAAGCACAAAAAAUGA